AGCCUAUGUGUAUAAUUGUAAGUCAGCUGCUGUCCGGUGUUUAGCGGCGGUGCUGUGGCAGCUGCGGCUAACAACAUGCACACAGCCAGUGCUGUGUACAACACAGAGCUACCUGCAAGCUAGUAGUUGAUCUGUGUCUGUGUAAAAGGAGAAACCGUUGUCACCGUGUGGCAGAAAGGCUAACAGACAUGGCUGGGAUUAUUAAAAAGCAAAUCUUGAAGCAUUUAUCAAGGUUUACUAAGAAUUUGUCCCCAGACAAGAUCAAUCUGAGCACGCUGAAAGGGGAGGGGCAGCUGUCUAACCUCGAGCUUGAUGAAGAAGUUCUGCAAAAUAUGCUCGACCUGCCUACCUGGCUGGCUGUCACUCGGGUUUACUGCAAUAAAGCCGCCAUAAGGAUCCAAUGGACAAAGUUGAAAACUAGCCCCAUCUGCCUGUUUUUGGAUAAGGUGGAGGUAGAAAUGAGGACUUGUGAAGAGCCUCGACCACCCAAUGGUCCCUCUCCAAUAGCUAUUACAGCAGGUCAGAGCGAGUAUGGCUUUGCUGAGAAAGUGGUGGAAGGCAUGUCUGUUCGAAUCAACUCCAUUACCAUCAAGGUGCAGGCUCGUGCUUUCCACGCUUCCUUUGAACUCUGGCAAUUACAAGGGAACAGCCUCAACCCUAAAUGGCAGCAGAGUGACCUACGCUACACACGCGUCACUGACCCAAAGAGAGGAGAGGUAUUAACAUUCAAAGAAAUUAACUGGCAGACUCUGCGAAUUGAGGCCGAUGCCAUCGAGAGUGAUGACCAGGACCUUGGUAGCACCCCGUUACGCCUCAUUACCAACCAAGGACGAAUUCGUAUAGCUCUGAAACGCAGAAUAAAGGACUGUAAUGUUUUGGCGUCCAAGCUGCUGUUCAUCCUGGAUGACCUAUUGUGGGUGCUGACGGACUCGCAGCUCAAAGCUAUUAUCCAUUAUGCCAAAUCGCUGAGUGAGGCCAUGGAGAAAUCAGCAAAGCAGAGGAAGAGCAUGACUGCAGAAUCCUUGCAGACGGCUCCUCCAUCUCCUGGCCUCCACAGCCUAUGGACAGAACCUCCUCCUGCUCCCACUGGCACCCCCAGCAACUUGAGUCAGUACUUUGAUCUGUUCGAUGUCAAGGAGUCUUCCUACCACACUUUCAUAUCCCGCUUGGACCUACACAUAUGCAACGAUAGCUCUUCAGUGGUUGAAGAUGAGCCUCCCCCACCAGGGUUACAAGGUGCCAUGCAGCUGACCUUCAGGAAGCUGGGCUUUGACUAUUACCCUGUCCACAGACCUGCUGAUGGAUGCCGACACUGGGAACGCCACAGUGGAGCCAUGGAGGCUCAGGCCCAGUGGGCUGGGAAGCUGCUGCAGGAGUAUCAGAAAAGAGUAGAGGGGUCCGGAUUCCCAGGACCAGAGGCAGAGACAACUAAAGACAGCCCAGCUAAAACAGGUCAAGAUGGACAGUCCAGUCCCGAGGCAAACUGUAAGAAAGAGCAGGCCCCUACCAAGGACUUUGUGACUGGUCCUUCAGGCUUGUCGCUGAAGCGGCUGCGAUCGAGCUGUGUCGUGGUCAGGUUAGAUGACGUGGACAUUCACCAGGUAUCCACAAGGGGCCGUCAAAAUAAGAAGACCCAGUCCUUAUUCUCUUGUACCCGUAAAGCUAUGCAUCUGCCAGACAACGUACCAGCAGUUCACCUGCAGUUCACUGAGUACUAUUCAACUGACAGCUCCACUUUAUCAGUGCCCACCUCCAACCUAUAUGCCCAGUUGAACAGCCUGCAGUUGUUUAUGGACCCAGCCAGCGUGCUGUGGAUCAGUCUGUUUUCCAGGGGGCUGCUGCACACACUAGAACAGGUCAAAGCUUUCUACCAGUUGCAAGAUAGUAGCAAAACUGAAGAGCAUGUAGACAUCCGCAUGGACGCAUCUCACCUUAAGGUGAUAAUUCCUUUGGAUUCUUCCAUACUGGACCAUCCGGAGCGUCCACAGUCCUUGUCUGUUACUGUGCCCCAGAUGGUUCUCAGCAACACACGCCAUUGCCCUCAUGGCUCCAGAGGUGACCUCGGCACUACCUAUGAGAAAUUUUCCAGCUGCUCUUUCUUCCAGUUCACGUCGUCAUGCCCAUACCCCAGAGACCGGAGUGCCUUCCAGCCCAUUCCCUCCACCUUCCAUCAUCACUUUAAAGAUACUGAGCUCCAGCCUUUGGAUAAGAAGCAGUUACGGUCCCAGGAUGUCUGGUCUCUCAGUCUUUCUCGUGUAACCUUAGGCUUUGAUGGCGCGCGCCGAUUCCCCAAAGGCAAAACCCAGCCUUUUGUUGAGCCCUUUGCUUUGUCUGUAUGGAUGUGUCAGCCCUCUGCCUUCAACAGCAACUCCUCGUCUUCCUUCUUCAGUACCAGCAGAGUUCAGUCAACUUCAGAACAGGAAGAAGCUUCACUCGCCUCUGUGCACUUCCUGGCCCAUGUUAUCACUCCAGUGAAGAUGUGGCUCAACCACUACCAGUAUGUAGCCCUGCUGAGGAUGAAGGAUGCAAUGGCUCGACUUAGGGCAGAAUUGGGCCGGGAUCUACGAGACGUCAAGUGCCCUGCUGAGCAGAAGACAACACCUCUUAGUCUUUGUCUGGCUCUUCUCGUGGACUCGGCAGAGCUGGGUAUUCUGUUGCCACCUGUCUCUUCAGAGCCGGAGGAAGAGGUUCCCCACACUCCAGAAACAGACAGCCCUAGCAUGAGUGACUCCGACAUCUCCCCAACUCGCCACUCAAGAGAUGUGGUCCUAGAGGACACUGGUUUGGAGAAUGGCAUCUCCUCCAUCAACACAGCUGUCACCACGUUGGAUCAGGAAGAACAUGAUGUAAUGGUGGAGGAGGCAUGUGAGGCGGUGGAGGAGGCAAUGGAGGGGGCUGGUUUGACAACGCAGGAGGACACUCCUGUUCUCUCACCGUCCCUCUCACCUGGACAUUCCCCCGCCAUCUCUCGUGGGCCAUCCACCUUUAGCAUUGAAGGAGAACUGUCAAGUGCCAUUAAUGUCACCAAGGAUGUGACCAAAGAUGCCAUCAGUGCCUCACUGGAUUUGACCAAAGGGGCAUUUUCUAUGACAAAAGAUGCCUUUAGCAUUCUGAGUCGGGGCUCUGGGAUGAGCAAGUUGUUCAGUCCACAGGCAAAAGAGCAGGUCCAGCAUUCAGAAGACUCCCCCUCUUUGGCUGCCAGCCUGCGCUAUCAGUCCAUGAAGCAGUCGCCUUCCCAGCAUUCUUUUGAUAGUGCUAUCCUGGACGGCAGCCUGCCUGACGAAAACCUCUGCGUAGACAGUGAUGUGGGCGAGAACUUUGUGAUUCUCAUGGACUCAGAGUCAGGUAUAGAGUCAAUGCGUCCCAACAACACUCCAGCAGGCAGCAGAGGCAGUCCAGCUACAGGAACAGAGGGAGGUUCAUCAGCAGAUCUCAGCAGCUCCUUGUCGCAAAGCACUGAAGACAUGUCUCAGGAGCUGUCCUCUGUGUUGUUAUUGGUCCUGAGUGGAAUGGCCUGUACAAUGGAAGUGAAGGGAGAUGACCAAGCUGUGGCUGUAGUGGCCCAGAGUCUGAGCCCUGUACACUUGGGUACUGUCAGGGUUUCAGACCUGCUGGCUGGACUCAUAGCAGUUCCUGGUGGACCAGCCUUGAAGCUGGAGAGGUGGGACAUGAGGGGCUCUCCGAUGGUUUGCAUGCGAACAGAAUCAGGUCCAUCUGCACUCGCUGAGUCUUUGAGCUUCCUGGAUGUAAGAGUGCAAGACUGCCAUGCGGAGAUGUUGGCCUCGACAGUGGCUAACAUCGGUCCUUUUCUUGAAGACGAAUUCAGUGUUGAUGGCCAGCCAAUGAAGUUACACAUGAGCAACAUCACCAUUACUUUGAAGGAUGAUGGUCCCAGAAUUUACCCCACAGCCCCGCAGCCCAUCCCAGCCACAUUCAUCAUAGAUCAGCUUCUCCUUGAACGCAGUGACGACGGCAUCAUGAGACUCAAAGCUGAAGGUACAAAUCCAAUCUCCUCAGCAGGUGUUCCUGGGGCUGACCCAGUCAACACAAACAGUUCUUGUGAGAAACCAGCCCUUGAGGUGGAGCUCUCUGAUGCUCAGGCUGCCCUCAGACAGGCCCUCAGUGACAGAGAGCGCCUCCUUCUGGAAGUCAGGAAGUAUGACCCCGCUUUUACUCUUUGAGAGGAUCUGCUUUUCACCUCUGAAGCUGCUGCAUCAUUGCUGAGGACCACUGAUCACAUGUAUCAGGAGCAGGUUUGGAAGGGAAAGGAGUUGUGAGUGGACUAGUUUUAGACCCAUUUGCCAGCUGGGCUGCUCAUGACAUCACACAGUCCCUGUAACCUUUACGUGAAGAGGAACUAACAUGUAGGUACAUUACAGGUACAACCUUUAUGGGCAGCUUAGAUGUUCCUUACUCAUACGUCACUUACACUUAGUCAGUCUAGUGUGGUUUCGCCAUUUGUCAUACAGCAUGCAAAGCUUCAUUUCUGUCCAGUAAUGAUUUGUAUUCCCUCUAAGCACAUGCCAAUAACUGUAUUUGCAUUGACACUGCCAAACAGCUGCCAGUCCAUUUUUAACAGCUUUUAAUGUUGUGCAUGCUUCGUGAAGAGUCUGAAUUACACACGGCACAUGCACAGAUAGUUAUGAAGCGACAUACUCUUAGUAUUGUAGAACACUUGUAGCAAAAAAAAAAUAGAUCUGUAUCUUUGUUCUGAAUUUUCUCAAAUGUUACUUGAUGUAAGGUAUGAAAAACAAAGCACUUUAUAGGAGACUUACACUGCUUUGUCCAUGGUGGCUUUAUGCGCAGGGUGAAGUGGUUACACACUUUUGUCUAGCUCUCGUUGUUCCAGUGAACUGAGUCAUUCUCCAAUGUUAGUUCACUAUAUCGAGUUGUGAAACGCUGAUAAGGCUUCUUUUGUAAAGAUCAUGCUCUCUGAUCUCCACCUUGGCUGUGGACAGCACAUUGCACAGUACCCUCUGUAUUGUACCUGGUUUAGUCAAACCACACUAAUUUUACCAGAGGUGAUGUACAUAAUCUCUAAAAAACUUCUGUAGCUUGCCAGAGUUAUUACCUCUGUAAUAGCCCAGUGUCCAGACAUGAACUUAUUCUAGUGUGUGUUGUUUUACUGUAUAUUUAUUUAUACUGGUUGGAGCAUGUCACAUUAACUACAGUGUUUUUAAGCCAUAUCAAAGAGGGUGACCUUUUAUAAAGCUACAGUACUGGUCACGUAUACACAGUGUUAUAUGUUUAUUACCAACCCACUACUAAAGCUGAUAUUAAAACUGACUCGUGGCAAGGGUGAAAAUUUAGGACAUGUGAUGCAUUUUUGCAUAAAUCUGCAUUAAUUCAAAUUCUUAUUUUUACUUUUUCAUCAAAACAAAGUUUUGAUUAUUUUUUUUACUGCUUUUUAAGAAAACUCUGUCUGCUUAUUUUUUUUUUUUUGAACAGAUAGUCUGUUAUUAAUUAUUAAGUAAUUUAUUAACGUAGUGUUUUUGAAUAGUUGCAGAACUGUGAGCUACACAGAUCAUGUAUCAUGUAUCCUUUCGUCUGAACUUGGGUGACCUCUGGUGGCUGAUCCUUCCCAGAGUACCCCCCCCCCUAUUGUUGACCAUUUCCUUUUGUUUUAUGCCCCCUAGCAGAUUUUCAUUCUUAAUAAGGAAUGUGGAGAUGAGCAAUAAAACGACAGCUUUGGAUUGACCAAAACAUUACAUUUAACUUUAAAGAUAACAAACAGAAAAGAAAAAUGAUUGACCUGUCUCUCAGGUUUGAAUAUUUUCCUGCAUGUAGACUUCUGUUUUUAAUUCAUCAGUGUAGCAGAGCAGACCUACUGCCCUUUGACUUCAGUAUCACUUGAUAGUUGGAAUUUCUUCUAUCUUCAGCUUUUGAUGACUUUUUCCUGCAUGAUCUGUGAACAAAGAUACAAUGGUACAAAAACUGAAUGACCUGCUCUGAGUGUGUCAUAUAGCUGUACAUUCUGCCCAGUUGUUCUCUCCUCAGUGUUAACAGGGUUCCUUACUGAUUUUCACCUUUUAAUCUGUUGGUUCUAGUUUGGGGAUUACAUAUUUAUAAAUAGUAUUACAAGUUUCUGUGCUGUUUACCUAUUAAAUCCCUUCAACUACAUGUAAUCCUCAAAUCUGAAUCACAGGAACUGAGUUAAAGUCAGAGGUUGCCCUUAAGUAGCAUCCCUCUGCUGCCGAUAAACUGGUGCUGAGUUCAAAGCUUGUGACAUUAAAUCUUUUGAGACUUCCUCGACACUCUAGAGUGCUCAUUCCUGGUCCUCGAGAGCUAAUAAUCUCUCUGCCCCAGCUAAUACUGAUUACCUACAUCAGGCAGGACUGUGGCUCUCAAGGACCAGGGUUGGCCACCCCUGCUCUAGAGCAAAGGAAGUUGUUAUGCAAACAGAAGAGAUGGACGAUGAAACCAGACUUGCUUCACUGGCGUCUUCUCCAGGCACAUGUACUGAAGUUAUCUAGACAGUAGUGUUUGCCUUGUGCAUUACUAGCACCUUUGUGGUAAAUUCACUAGAAAAUUGCAUUUGUUCUAUUGUAGAUUGCUUAAAGGGUUUGCAGGAGUCGUUGUGAAAUUUUCCUGAGUGACACAAAUGUUGGACAGUAUUUUUUUUUUUUAGUUGUGUAGAACUGCUUUAUUUGUCCUCAUCACUUCAUUGAAACUAUUAAACUUGGUUCUGUGAACCAAACCUAGUAUGUGAAAAAUUUGAAAAGUGGAAAAAUAAAUGACGAAUUGCUGAACACAA